ACAUAACCUCAUGCGACAACAGUGGGAUUUACCGACAAGACUGUCUGAAUGGCGAAUUUAGUGGAAAUUAUCGUGGGGACUUACGAGGAAUUCAUAUUGGGGUACAAAGUCGAGAAUGACAAGACCCUCACCCAGUCGUUUGCAACAAGGUCACAUACAGGAUCAAUUCGAUGCGUGGCCGUAAAGGAACACUAUGUAGCCUCGGGAGGGGCGGACGAUCGGAUAUUCAUAUACGAUAUGAAAACUCGAAAGGAAGCUCAGAUCCUACAUCAUCACGAAGGAACUGUGAACGCCUUAGCCUUUACUCCGGAUGCAUCCCAUCUCCUAACCGGUGCCGACGACGGUAAAAUGUGUGCUGUUCGAGUAAGCACAUGGCAAGUAGAGGGUUCGUGGAAGAAGGCUCACGGCGGAUCUCCCGUGACUCACAUCAGUUGCCACCCGUCGGGCAAAUUGGCGCUAACUCUGGGAAAUGACCAAACCCUCCGCACUUGGAAUCUAAUCAAAGGACGCUUGGCUUACACUACAAAUCUAAAAACGAAGGCUGAAUUGGGCCGAACUCCAGACUGUCUGUUUUGGUCACCAGACGGUGACCACUUCACAAUCACGGGAACGCGGGUCAUUGAAAUUUGGAGCGUAAAAACAGCUGGAAUCGUCAAAGAAAUCAAAUGUGAAUCAAAGCCGGUGUCAGUCUGUUGGAUGGACGAACAGCGAAUAGUGGUCGGAUUCGAGGAUGGGAAUCUGUGGAUAUUCGAUUUCAAAGCCAAGGCAGAGCCUGCUGUGCAGGAAGCCCACAAGCAACGCGUGAAAGCCAUCGCCUAUGUCAAUGACAUCCUUGCAACUGCUUCAAGUUCCGGCGAAGUUUCUCUAUGGAAAGUAAAAACAAAAGAUAAUUCCAUAGCAAAGAUAACAUCAACAAACAUAGGAUGUCGGCCAACUUGUCUUGCCCUCCUCGAUCUCACCCAAUUCGGAGAUGACUACGCCUUGAAACUUGAAGACGAAGAAGCUGACGAGGAAGUGUCAGACGAACAACCCGACAAAAAUUCAAGAAGUAAAGUUCAGUCAGUUGGAAACGUUAUAAUUGAAAUGGAGGAAGAUGACGAAGAAGACACCCCGGAGAAGUCAAACAAUGAUUCGGGCAAAGAGAAAACUAAACGAAAGAAAAAACAGAAGAAAUCGAACAAACAAGAAGAUGUAGAAGACGAGGUAGUAGUAAAGAAAAAACAAAAGAAAGGAAAUAAGGAAGCUGCGAGUAGCGACGGGGAAACUUCCCCCGAGAAAGUUGCACACCAGAAGAAGAGAAAAUUCAAUGAAGAAGAUUCAAAUCAGGAAACUGUAGCGGUCCCGAAGAAACACAAGAAAAAGAAGCCGAAGCAGAUAUGAUAGUCAUUGUUACAUUUAUGAUUAAUAAAUAAAUACUUUA